AGCCUUGGGUUUGGUGGCUGAGUUCGUAAUCGUUCCUCUGCAACUCCAAGAUCAUGGCCUCCCUCUUCUGUACCGUGCAACCAAUCUUCGCCUCACAAUCCCGCAAUUCUUCACCUUCUUCUUCAUCCCCAAGGUUGCCCAAAAUCAAGACCCAGUUUCUGGGCGUUGCAAAGAGGCUGGGAUGGGUCAGACCCGCCAGAAUCGGACCCAGCAGCAGCGGCUCUAGAGCUACUUGCUGGUUCCGUUUCGGCAAGAAUGGGGUUGACGCCGAAGGCGCCGGCAUUUACGGCAGUCAAACUCGCGACGACUUCGACCGGGACGAUGUUGAGCAGUACUUCAACUACAUGGGAAUGCUUGCUGUUGAGGGUUCAUACGACAAGAUGGAGGCUCUUUUGAGCCACAACAUGCACCCAGUAGACAUCUUGUUGAUGAUGGCUGCCUCAGAAGGCGACAAACCGAAAAUCGAAGAGCUACUAAGGGCUGGGGCUGAUUACACUGUCAAGGAUGCAAAUGGUCUCACUGCACUUGAUAAAGCAAACAGUAAUGAAAUUAAAGAUCUAAUCCUUGGCUUCUCUGCUAAGAAGGCUUGACAUUAGAGCUUUGUUGCAAGUCUUUGAAUUUGCAUCUGUUUUUGUUCUUCUCCUCAUUUUGAAUUCUCCUGCCUUCCAGUGUCUUCCCCUCCUGCCUUCCAGUGUCUUCCCCAAGCUGUAAUUUUAUUACCAGAGGUCGUCAGACUUCGCCCGAAAUCUUUCAUUCUCGUAGUUAAGGUUGGCUAUAUGAAUUUUAACUCGUUUGAAAAAGAAAGAAAAAAACAAAGAAUCUAAUGCAGCUCCGAUGUUAUCUAUGAUUGUUUAAAAAAUAUGAGAUUUGUUUCAUACAUCUUGGAUAAAAACAGCAAAAAUCUUCUUC